CUUCUAUAGGUAAUCAAUCUCUUAUUCUCCAACCUUCCUCUUUUCAUAAUACACAUUUUAUCUCAUUCCAAAUUUACUUCUAUACCAGUCACAUUCUGCAACAAUAUGGAUGAUACCAGCUCCACUGCCAGUUUCGAAGAGAUUGGCCCCUCUAUCAAACCCUUCGAACCAAGCUCCGAGUUCAGUGACGAAGACAAGAACGUCCGAAAAUUGAGAGCUCUCGUUGAAAAAUCGGUCAUCAACGACGGUACGUCUGGUGGGCUUGCCGAGGAUGAAGUCCCAGACGUCUGCUAUGUUCUUCAAUACAAAGGGUGGGGUGGUAAGCUGAUUGAUGUGCGUCGUAGCCACGAGCCCAUCAAGGUCCAGUUAGAUGAGAUGAACGAGGAGGUUUCGUCUUCGACAAAGAAGCCAAUCCUCGAGAUCGUAACUAAAGUCUCAACUACCGUCAUCCAACAGAAACAACCUGGCCGCCGCCCUCCCCUUCCACAGCAUCCUAGAUGGAAUCCUAGAUUUGACUAUAACGGAUUUGAUGACUUCUCCUAUCAAGGGGGUCCUCCUCGGAGACCUGGAGGCAUCGAUGAGUCCACGAUGAAGGUUGCCAAGGUAGAAACAACAUGCAUGGUGAUCAACUCGACCCACCUCAUCAAUGCCCUCAAGGCCGUGGUCGGAUACUAUCCUUCCGUAUCCUUCAUCGGGGAGACCCUCACGAUCAAUGCACCAUAUCAUGUCCUAGUCCACCACAAAAAUGAUCUUGCUCUCUUCAAGGUAAACCAGCCGACGACUCACGACGUAGAGUAUGCUUCUACGACUGCUAAGCACAUUGACAUACUUCUUGACUUCCUCGAGAAGACCCUUGGCGACCAGAUCCGAGAGGAGGAGAAGCGGCACAACAGUUCUAUCCCGUCGGCCACUUUCGAUAAACUUGGGCUGAUCUUCAAGCCUGGCGAAGUCAUCUAUGCCAAGCAGGAUUACAAGUGGACUCCUUUCGUACUUUCAAUUUUUACUGAGGGUUAUACCAACAAUCAAGGGGCCAUCACCCCACACCAUAUCGUCUGCUGGAAUAUCUCCUAUUCCGCGGAGAGGCUCUGCCGCACAAUGCACUCGUUCUCCAUUGACCCCUUUUCCGGCGAGGAGACCAUUUCAAACUUAUCAGUCAUACCAGCCCGUUUCUUCAGAGGUAUAGACUGGGAUUUGGAUCCCAUGCAGGUCAAAGAAAGGCAGAUUGAGCUCGGUAAGAUGGUCUGGGAGCUUUCCGAGGGGCCGAGGUACAUGUGCCACGAUGGUAGCUUGGCCGACAGAGACCCAAAUUUUAGCUGGUCUUAUCCCGUCAGCGCAAAUGGUUAUAUGAGCGGCCGUGUUAUCGUUGAUCAGGCCGGGUUUGCCCGGUAUUCUCUCGAUUGCCCCGGAGAAAACCACCGACGGGGACGCUCUCCACCACCGCCCAACCGACCUCCAAUCGUCAAGGAUACCCUUCCUUACCUCGCUCCCUGCUGCGGCUGCAGUGCCUGCAGCAAGGCCAACAAAAAAGAUCAUUUGAGUCCUUUCGCCGCGUUCGAAGACCUCGACCCGACCUUUCACGAUGCGCCAGACCAGGAUCUCUACUACAUCGUCCUGAACAAAGUUGUCUCCGGCUUCAUCCUUGGAGAGCGGCGCUGGGGCCACUUUAACGUCGAACAUCUCCGAGAGGUCCAAUUUGACAAGGAUGCAUUCAAGUAUCUUGUGCUCGACAACGAGAUCAAGCUCACAGUCCGGUCUCUCAUUGGUAAAUUCGCCAGCGAGAAAGGCCGGGUAGCCCCGUGGCCGAACGACUUCGUUCAGAACAAGGGCCAAGGCCGAAUCUUCCUCCUUCACGGAAGCCCCGGCGUCGGAAAGACUUGCACGGCCGAGUGCGUGGCGGAGCUGACGAACCGGCCGCUCCUCUCGCUCACGAGCGGCGACCUAAGCACCAACUCGUACCAGGUGGAGAAAAACCUGGAAUACUUCCUGCAGCUGGGCGAACGCUUUGGGGCCAUGGUGCUUCUCGACGAGGCGGACGUGUACCUAGAGGCGCGGCGGGCCAAGGACAUCGCGCGCAACGGGCUCGUGUCUAUCUUCCUGCGCGCACUCGAGUACUACCGCGGCGUGCUAUUCCUGACGACGAACCGCGUGCAGACGUUCGACUCAGCCUUCACGUCGAGAAUCCACGUAGCCCUUCACUACCACUCGCUGACCGACACCGACCGCGAGAAGAUCUGGAUCAACAGCUUCGAGAGACUCGAGCGCGAUAGCGGCGGCAAGGUGCAUGUGGGCCUCGCGACGCGCGAGUACGCGUAUGAGAGCCGUGACGUGAAGAGCCUGCGCUGGAACGGUCGUGAGAUCCGUAACGCAUUGCAGACGGCUGUCGCGCUGGCCGAGACAGAGGCCCUCGAGGAUGGAAUCGAGAAAGUCUCCGUCACUGACAAACACCUCAAAGCCGUGGUCAAGAUGAGCCGCGGCUUUAAGAAUUUCCUACGUAGCCAGAAGCUGAAGGGCGACGCCGAGGUUGAGGAUGACGACGACGAGAACGAAGAGGAAAUUGAGGAUGGAAAUUCAUCUGAUAUAUAUGAAUAGAGGUCUCAUAUGAUAUUAUGACAUGAUUCCUAUGUCCUAAAGGCGCCGACGGAACAAGGGGUAAUGGAAUGGAAACCAAAGUGUAUUGGUUAAUAUAGGUAGUUAGUUG